AUCAGAUGUGAGCCGACUAAUCCGAGAGAUCAAGAGGUAAGUUUGUAGCACUAUAGACAAAACCAUAGUCAAAAACGCUGGCCAGGAACAACAUAAUGCUAAACUGUAUAACCACGCAUGAAUUACUGCAUGUUAUUGGUCAUCACGUAUGUACUGGGAAAUUGUUUUACAUGUCCUAAUUCGCCCAAGUCUUGUAGGUGACAUGACCCAAGUUUACUCAAUGCACAGUCUGACAAGAAAAUUUCGCCAGGUCUUUGCUUUUUGACCUCCAAAUUUCAACGCUUCACCGUCAAAAAAUGUUGGUCUUUACUGUCCAAAGUAGAAAAGAAAAAAAUUAUUUUGUGCGGAAGUUUGGCUGUCUGAACGAGAGAUAAGUUCUUCCGCGAUAAUUUUCCUCUUACGGCGUUCCUGUAUUUAAUGCACGCGCUAGCUCAAAAUGAAUUGAGUAUUAAUCCUAGGACCUUUCUCUAAAACAUAUUCUAGAUAGCAGUUUUUAGAACUGCUUUCGGCAGUCAAGAAAACGUAAAAGAGUUAUAUUCAUCUGCAAGAAUUCCUGACUAAUAACCUCUGUUCAAUAAAUAGCUGCCUGCUACUAGCAUGAGAUAGUUGGCCGCUUACAUAAACAAACCUUUUUGAAUAACAGAAUGUUAUUUAAAAGAGGCAGCAAGUGGUAUAAUUUGUUGUUAUCACGGAUGGAUUGACAUUCUCUCUUCAUCGAUGCUUUCAUUAAUUUAAAUUGAUUCCUAUAACUGUUGUAUUGCUGAUGUCUUUAUUUUAAUUAGAAAAUAACAGUAGCCCAUUUCUCUUUAAGAUGAUUAAUGGAUUAGUUAUUUCCUUUCAUUAAUGUAUAACUAAUUAACAGUUGCGGCAUAUUAAAAUUACUCACCGCCAAAUUAUAAUAGAUCUCUGGAUCUAAAAAAUACGUUUUUCCGUCAGAAAAUAGCCGCGACUGUUUCUGAUCCUAACUAAUUCACAAACGUGGAAACUAAAUAUUUCAAAAUACAUCUCCUCUUUUAUUUUGGUGCUCCCUCGUCGUACACCUCUAUCAGCCGUCAAGUAUCAGAUUCUAAGCAGAGUUAGAGUCACUUGAUUCUAAAGAUGAUUUCCGCACAGGUUGAAAGAACCAUGAGUCAUUGGCAACAACAGUCCUAUUCAGGAGCUCAUUUACCCAGACAAGUCAGACAAUUCGAGGCAGAACAAAUAUCAGUAGUUUGUGAUAUAAAGCACAGCGUUUUCGUUGUUCCCUCUAUAUAAAAACGUUUCCUAGAAAGACGAACCCCGAACGUCGAGGCCUUUUUCGAACUGCUCCAUUCAUAGCAGUUCGUCACAGUUACAGUAAUUACUUCUUUGAUCUUUGCAGAAAAUCCGCAUUUCAUUUCACAUGGAAGAAGGAGACACUAUACGCCAGGUUCGAUCAGCUGGUCGCAUGUCCCAACGAACGUAUUCAAUAACAACUGUGACUUCUAUGGACGACAACAUUUCACUUAGUUCAGGCUACAGUUCGGGUUUAAAACGAUUUACACCUAAAACGUCGAGUGUUGACUAUUCGGGCGUACGAGCAACUGCCGGAAUUUCCCGAGCAAAACAUGGGCGGCCUCGGAGGGGUUCGGUGUACCCCACUGACAGCAGCUCACUAUCCGAAACGGCUUCUGCCAAAGGCCGAAGAAUGAGCAUUUACACAUUGAGCGAUUUAGCGGAGGUAGGAGUGAAAAUGCGCAGGCGCAGAAGGAGUACCAUGGACUCUUGGGGUAAAAACAGGACACCGGGUGAAAGGCAGUAUUUUGACAAGGUAAAAAGGAUCUUAUAGAAACCUCAAAUUUAACUUAGAGCUACAUUUUCACUGCAAUGCAAGAUUGAAAGCGCAUAGCUGAGUCUCUCUCAAAGGUAUCAACACGUAUCACGCUCUGAUUUGUUUCCAAGUAGUCAUGAGUUCACUCUGCACCUAUAGUUUUGAUUUUUAAGUUUUUAAGUUUUUAAUUUUUGUUUUCAGUUUUAGAUGUUUUGCUCCUCUUACCCUCUUUUCAGCCAUAUAGAUAAAGUUAGUUAGAGUGUUCUUUCGGGGUAAUAGUAGAAUAAUAUUGAGAUUCAUAAUUACUCGUACAAAAUUCAAGCUGUUCAACCAUCGUCACACUUUGAUGCAAUCUUUUUGCGAUAGGUAAUUUUCUCUGUCAACUCAAAAUAUUUUGUUUCACUCGACCACUAACCCAGCGCCACAGUUCUUUAAAAACUAGCCUCUUUUUUCUUUUGUAGCAAAGAAAAUAGCUUGAGUUUGUCACGUCUUCAGUAAGGGUUAGCGGAAAAGAAAAACGCCCAAUGCCCAAGGCUCUAUUGAUCGUAGUACUGUAAGGAUCAGAUCUAGAGAGAAUCAAGGGAUUUGGGGCUGGCGUUGUUUUUUCACGAAGUCCUUGAUAAAACUAUUUUUGUAAAAAAAGCAGGAGAUUUGAAUCUUUCUGUGUAGGCGAUCUCCCUUUUCCUUUUUCGUUACUUCGACAGCUUCUUCCACCAGAGGAGUUGUUUCGUCGAGCGGUGAAAAUCGUUGAAAUGUCUGCCUCACUGUGUCAGUACAAAUACGAAAAGUAAGUCUGGUGCUCUUUUUAUUUUCUCUCUGGGUAUUCAUCGAAUAAGUUAUAGUUUGUAACCCUUUAAGUAAUCUGUCUACCGGUUUUCUUCGAAUAAGCGUCCACCCAUAGGCUAAAAUAUCAGCAAGCGCCCCCUACCCUCCCCAUCACUUUUUUUUAAUAGAAGGGAUACAAGGAAAAUCUGUUUCUAUUGCCGCUUUAUUGAUAACUCUGCGUGUAAACUGUAUAAUGGGACCAAUGCCCGCUUGAUUACCACCAGGAGAACUUAAUAAGCUGUUCCUCGCUUAUUCGAGGAAAUACGGUAUUUGGAAAUGGUGAGGGUUGAGGUUCACACGAGUGAUCCGCGACUAUAUUGCCUUUAUUCGUGUCCUCCCAAAAUUGGAGGCAUUUCAAUACUCCUUUCCGAUAAAGGAUAUGAUAAAGUAGAUAGUUUUACCACUAUGUACCACUAUUUCCCCAUAUUAAAAGUCGAAAAUUGGUGCCUUUUAGCUUCUCACGAUUCUAAAAUGGACAGGCUUUCCAUCCUUAUCUCAAGUAAUGAGGCUUCAGUCCAUCAAAUAAGACAGCGACAUUUAUUUCAAGUUAAUUACCUCCUCUGAAAAAAACAUUGUAGCAUUUGUGACAGUUUUGUGACAGUAUGUUUUGUUUUGUCUUCUAUUCUAUUAGAGAGAACGAAGAACAAAACUUAGCUCACACCGUGUUCACACAGUAUAUCAACGAAAAUGAAAACCAAAUGGAAGCUGAACUGGCCUUUGACGCGUCAUUCUUUAAAGCUAACAGAAAGGUACCUGGUCACUACAACUUAAGCAAAAUACUGUCACGUAAUCUUAAGCUCUUGAUUGCGCAAAAAUGAAAAUUUAUUUCUAUUUGGAUAACACUCGAGUGCAUAUUGUUUCUCACCCAAGCAUUAUGUUCACCAUAAGUUACGAACAAAGCUCGAAGAUUUCUAAACACAUUUCUACUUUAUUGAAUCACAUUGCACCGGUGGGUUUUUCUCCCUACUCCGACAUUCCAGAGAUGCACUUCCAGAACUAACAUCUCUGGAGGUCACCUGACUUUCCGCGCUUUUAUUUACACCUGCUACGCUGCCGAGCAGUUCACCGGAAGCUUAAAUAGCAACCUAUUUGUUCUUUGUAGAUGAGAGUAUCAGCAGAAGUGAAGCUUAUUUUAUCUGUUCACCCUGGACAAAGAACAGAACAGCAAUUAGCGAAGGUUAGUAUUUCCUUCCUCGUCCUUAAACGGGCGGACGCUAGAACAAAACAAAACUCAAGUAAGUCGCUUUUGUUUUCGCGACUCAAGCACGUUUUCAGAGCUGUCCUCUGAUUCAAUCGGCUUCUUCAAAGUGUUUUUUCAAAUUACUCUUACUAAUGAUACAUGUUUACCCCAAACUGAAUGCUGUCAGGUGUUUGGCACAGACGAAAGGUGUAUGUCUCUUUGAGGCUGACAAAAUACGGGGCCGUUUAUAUGGAGAGAGGAAUUUCGUAGCACCAGGAAGAUCAGAGAAUUUUUACAUGCAGGAAUUUUAGUCCCGUGUGAUCACCAUGUAGGAAAGGAAAAAAUGAAGGCUGGCGACAAAAUCGAAAAUGCAAUUUGGGCCCCUCUGCCCUGUUCACUAACGUUAAUAACUACCUUUCAGCAGUAGAUGGCAGUUCACGAGCUGGUGGUCGCCAAACAAAAUUGUCGACUUUUAUUGCCGUGAUUACUUUACGGAACAACCCACCGCCAUUUUUAUCUGGUUUACACCUAGUACUAGGUUCUUCCUGGCAAAAGCAGUGUACAUAGUGCUAGGAUCUUCCUGCCUCUUAGCUAGGAAGAUCCAAUCCAAGUAUUAGGAAUGUACGAGCUCUAGGAACAACUACAACCCGCGCGCGUUGCAUGUAAACUGAAUACAGAAAACAUAUGGCACUAGGAUUAUCCGCCCUCUAAGAUGUUCCCAGUGCUAGGGUCUUUUUCCUCCAUGUAGACAUUCCUGAGUCUGUGGACAGGUGCUCAAUGGGACAAUCUUCCCGUGCAGUGGGACAAUUGUGCGAUCGAAAUUUCACUUUAACGUCCUUUCGAGUACCUGCCACGCAAGCCAUGAUAAAUCCUCCACUUUCGUUGUUUUGUGACGAAAUCAGUUACUUAUAGUCAUAUUUCUAAAAAAGACUAGUUAAAAAAGAAUAAUUUUAGUACUUGACUAUUUUUGUUUUCCAGGUUCUUUUUUCUUUGCGGUCAAUUCGCUCGUUUGCUGAAUAUCCACAGAGAAUUCAACACAAACUGAUAAAAGUUGGAUGGUUUGAAACGUAAGCCUCCUUCUCAUGUUUUUAAUCAACUUUAUACAACUACAGGAAUUUUUUCUACUGUGUCCCCUCCUUCCCUUCAUUUUUGUGGUGUACGAACUGAAAUAAGUUGGUUUGAAUCCGAUUAUGUAGAGAUGUGGGCAUUUUUUUGGCGCGACUGUUUUAGCUAAAUGAUUUAUUGUAAGUUACGGAAUUUAUUUGAAUACAAGCACUUCGUUGUUGACCAAGUUUACUGAAUGUUUUAUGGUGUAUUGUUUUCCGUCAAAGGCACCAAGCCAAGAGAGCAAUCCUGAGACAAGGGCAUAUACCACAGGCCUUCUACUUCGUGCUGUCAGGUUCAGGUUAGUCGGGCCUGUUUACUCGCAGUUCCAAUCACUCUCCUGAGUACAGAUAGAUAGACAUCAGUGUUCGAGACUACCGUAUAUAUAUCAUUGAAAAAGGACUUAUCGUACCCUCUGGUUUCGACAAAAAUCCCAAUACCUCCUGUGUAUGGAAACAAAUGGCAGCGGGAAUGAAAAGGCUCUUUGCCUUUAGCUUUCCCCGAUGCGCAGAUGUAUUUGUUCAGGCGUUUUUGCAGACGGAUUCGGCUGCCCAACGCCCAUUGUGUCAAAAAAAUCUCGGAGUUGUCGUGACGUAGUGGUGAUGUGUUGGACUCAAAUCUUAGGUCUACAGGUCCUCUAAAAAUUGUCGUAUUUUCCCCACAUUCGGAUAAGGCUAAAUCAAAUUUCGGCAGAGAUGAUCAUCUGACAAUCCACUGUGGUGAGUCAUCUGAUAUGAACCCAUACGUCUGUGAUGUAGGGAGGCCUCGUCGUCAGCUCUUUCAAGGCCUUGUCUCUCGUUAAUAUCAAACAUUUUGCAAUCACUUUCUUUCGUGUGCCACCUUUCACUUUCACAUUGGAGCUACUACGUACGACACUUUCCUGGGUGGUAGGCAUGGGGAUUUGUUUGAGGAUGGGGAGUAGCAAUAUAUCAGUUUUCAGUGCAUAGAAUGGCCAGACGGUCAAACUUAACUUCACACAGGUAAGUAACAUUAGGAAGUUAAACUUCUUAAUAUACACGACCUUGAUAACAUGUUUUCUAUCUUCAGCUGUCGUUACAGUUAUGGAAGAACACGAAAACUUCGCCCGAACAGUUCACUUUUUACGCCGUGGAGAUAGUUUUGGAGUAUGUACUGUUAAAAUUUAGUGGCUUGAGAUAUAUUAUUUUAUUUUGCUAAGCUUAAACUCAAACGCUUUGGGGGUUUUUUAUUUGUAAUUACAGCAAACUCUUGCGUCAUGUACUGAAGUACGUUUUCCAUCUGGAGAAAAAACUGGCAGCCGUAUGGCGAAUAGACUAACAACUCAAACAUUUGACAGCGUUGUGAACAGGCUGCAAUAAACACAUGUUGGGCAGAUUUUUUUAAAAUAAUAUGCUCAUUGAUCCUUUUAUUUCCUCUCUUGUAGGAAUUGGCCAUUCUUCAUGAUACUAGGCGCCAGUCCACUGUAAUCUCAAGGGAACCAAUUGAACUUUUGGUCAUUUCAAAGGAGGUUUGAAUGAGAGUAUAUUUAUGCCUACAUUGACCAUUUUGCUCGUCGUUACCCUGGACACCGGUGUUUUGCGUGCGGCAGGAUGCUUUAGGGUCGGCCGUAGGCCGAAGCCCAAGUGGCGGAACCGGCUUCUGCAUGCGAUCAUGCCUUUUUUCCCCACGUAAGACAUAAUAGAGAAACAGAGAGGGCAUAAUAUCACAGGCUAUGGGUCACUAGAACGACUCGACCGGAACCAGAAACAGCGCAUGAAGCUGAGUCCCUGUUAUCCAGACUAUCUUGCUAGUGACCUACGAUAUUACGCAGUAAACUGGAUAAGAUACACCUUCAAGUACACUGCUGUCUUAAUUUCUCUCCUAUUUUAACAGGACUUCGUUGAUAUAUUUAUGCUGGCAGGUGGAAUCAAGAACAUAACUGACCCUGAUCACCAAAAGUUUAUUCAGUAAGCUAUAAUGUCCUGAUACAUUGUUAGUAAUAAAACCAGUUUUUAUUACAAUACGCCUCCAUUGAAAAUAUUAUUAUCAAAUAAGAGACGUGUGACCUUUCAUCAAGUAAGAAACACGGUGAGUGCUUCUGCAGGGUAAAAAUUACAACACAAAUGCACUCGCUAAGAGUAUCUUUGCAUAUCAAGGUUUUGGUGUACCUUAAAAACAUGAUAGCUACCUUAAUUUCCAAAAACCUCUCAGAUCGGUCUAAUGAAUGUAAAAGGAAAACCCCUAUUCAAAUAAGAUCAUUCAUACAAGUCUUCUACCCUGCCUGAGUCAAAGCUGAGUGGUUCUGUCUUUUAGGAACAUUGAUUUCUUAAAGGGAUGGCCUGUGGAGCUUAUGGCUAGCAAUCCAAAGAAAUGUCUCUUUCAUUUCUUCAGGUACAAGAAUUCGCUUUUGUAUUUAUUUAUUUAUUUACUUAUUUAAUUGAUACUCCACAGUUAAACGUAUAGUUCGCAACCAAAUCUCAUAUACACCCAAUAAAGGAUAAAGGAGGUACACCCAAAAUAAAAGAGGUACACCUUAUUUCUGUCUAACUUUCUCGUAGGAGUGGCUCUGUCCUUGUGAAAGACAGUAAUCAUUCGGACUGGAUUUACAUCAUAAAAUCGGUAUUUAUACAUUUAUCUUGUUGUUGUCAUCUUUAGUUUAUCGUGGCCAAUUUUCCUUUGUUAUCAACUUGAAACGACCCAUUGACGGACUCAAGCAAAACUUACUACGAAAGAAUGACUGGACAAGCGACAAUUUGACUAACAAUAAAUGACUGCCUAAAUGUGACAACAGACAAAUCAACACGCACCAAUGACACUCUGCCGGAGUCUUCAUAGCCAAUGACAUCACUGCUUAGCUGACAGACGACCAAUAAUAUCGCGACCUAAUUGACCAAUCAGGUCGAUAAGCGAAGUUUGAUACCAUCAACUGACGUGAUACAACUCACUUUGACUCUGAAGAUGACUACCGAACAGGUUAUCGAAACGUCAGUCACUGUCAAGAACAGUCCUAUUCAGGUGGAUCAAUUUAAUAAAACUUUGAAGUGUGAUUUACACUGUGAAGUUAUUGUUUUAGAGUCUGAAAACAAUAGGUACACUUGUAAAUUACACUUGUAGAAGUUUUAUUAAAAAUUGACCGUCCCCAGGACUACGUUCGCGCGGACGAUCAUGCUCAACCUACUUAUGAAAUGAUCCCUGGGUUCAAACCUCUCACUAUAUCAAGAAACCUUGACAAGUGUUUUACUGGAUUAAAUUUGACUGACUAAAUCCAACCCUUUAUAACCCUUUAUGAGCUGCUAUCUCCAGACGUUUUCUUAACAGCGUGCUGCGAGUCACAGAUGAAAACUAGUCACAGUUUGCAUGGUCGUGAACUGCCUAUAGAGUCAUAGCUAUGAGUCACCUUUCUCAGUUUUAGGCCGCCAAAUUGGACACAUGUUAAAGAAGAAACGCUCUAAGAACUUACCAUCCGAUCAGAAAGGAGACAGUUAAAAUAUACUUUUUCGCCCUUUGAAAUUGACGAAAAAAAAAAAGACUUCGCCCAACGUGGGGCUCGAACCCACGACCCUGAGAUUAAGAGUCUCAUGCUCCACCGACUGAGCUAGCCGGGCGCACACAGAUUCAAAGGGUCACAGCGUAAAACUAGUCAUGGUUUGGUCGUGAACUGCCUAUAGGUCAUAGAUAUGAGUCACCUUUCUCAGUUUUAGGCCGCAAAAGUGGACACAAAUGUUUAAGGAGAAACGCUCUAAAAAUUUACCAUUCGAACAGAAAGGAGACAGUAAAAACGUACUUUUUCGCCCUUUGAAUUUUUCGCCCUAAUCAUGGUUUGGUCGUGAACCGCCUAUAGGUCAUAGAUAUUGGACACAAAUGUUUGAGAAUUUACCAUCCGAACAGAAAGGAGACAGUAAAAACGUACUUUUUCGCCCUUUGAAUUGACAAAAAAAACGACUACCGCCCAACGUGGGGCUCGAACCCACGACCCUGAGAUUAAGAGUCUCAUGCUCUACCGACUGAGCUAGCCGGGCGCACACAGAUUAAUGUAUUUAAAAUAUACAUUUGUAGUUAGACCGAAUUGAAAGUCUGCUGAAUAAUGAAUAAUUAAAAUGUACUUUUUGUUGACACAAAUGUUUAAGGAGAAAAAAGAACUUACCAUCCGAACAGAAAGGGGGAACUCUUUUUCCUUUGAAGUUGCUCGGAACCCACGACCCUUGCCACAAAUUGAUGUAUUUAAAAUAUACAUUUGUAGUUAGACCGAAUUGAAAGUCUGCUGAAUAAUGAAUAAUUAAAAUGUAUUGUUGACUAGGGGAACUCCCCUGCUAUUGCCACGAUGGGUGGUAUUGCUGCUUGCCUUAAUUCGUCUACUUUCAGCGCAUCUUAGGGAAAACAUGUCAUUGUUAAAAAUAGACAAAGCUCUAUAUGCUUAGACCGAAAACGUUUAGGAAUGUAAAGCCACAUUUAAUUGCUUUUUACAUAAAAGCUUCUUUGCAUAUUAUCGUUGCUAUCGCCAGGGAAACUUAAAAAAGCGGUUUUUAAUUAGUGAAACACCACACAUUAAGUAGCAAUAAAGGUGGUAAGGUAGUGAGGCGUAGUCCCGAUCGUAGAUGUACACCAUGUCUGCGAUGUUCAUCUGAUUUUAAAUUUGCACAGAAGUUCAAUAAUUUAUUUUUCUUGAUUUGUGAUAGGGAAGUUGUCAGGUGUUGAAGAAGUUAAGACAUGUAAAAAGCUGCCUUACACAACACAACGACAGAGUUGUAGGAUUCGAAAAUGGUACGAUUUCAUUCACAUACGUAAAUUAUACUUGUUGGUUGGUAAUUAAUUUAAUCUUUGCAGUUAGUGAAUCUGUUAUUGACUCUCUUCGCUAUUUUUAUUUGUAGUUAAAAGCCAGGUUCCCAAGGCCUCAUCACGUGACAGGCUAGAAAGAGUUAAAGCAAAAUUGUCAGUAGUGACGCUACUGUUACCCAAGCUACAUCUCAGGACGGGUUUGAUCACGCAAGACAGUGACGCGGAUGAUGAUUUUGGAAACGAGGCAAACUUGAAUACCGAUAUUUCAGCCAUUGACAAAGUCGCUGCUGCGCAAAAACUGUUCGCCACUCCAGAAAAAUCAGACAUUUCUUUUGAAGAGGGCUCGAUCAAGUUAAUUGACUUUCGGACGCCUUCGCCGCCGACCGGUAGACGAAGCGGUGUGGUCAGUGCCCCUAGAACGUCUGUUAUUAUGAAUUCAGUAGAACAUACAGAAAAUCUUAAAAACUUGAUGGUUUCAAAGAGAAAGGUUUCAAGAGAGCAGGGAUUACGAGAUACAUUUCGUGAUUCAGUCGAAGACGGAGGGCAGACAAGAAAAGUGUCAGGUUGUGAACUGCCCAGGCGCCUACAGAAACGAUUAACCCCAGAUCAGAGAGAAAGAAGCAGCAGCAAACCACCUUUACCAACUGUUGAAGAGGAAACCCAUCCUUCUUCGGUAUUGAUUUUGAUACUUAAAAUAAGAAUUAUUAUUGUUGUAUGUGUAGCUCUCAUUUUUAUAUUCCUUUAGUUAGUUUAUAUUCCUAAACCUAGUCUCAUUCCAUGAAAAAAGGCAUGCAAAUGAAAUUGGAUUUGCAUUUGCAACAUGCGCUGCUAUCAUUUAGUGAUCAUUUUGGGAUUUGAAUAAUCAUUCAGGUCCCACAGUUGUUCAAAAAGAAACUACAUAACUAUCGAUCCUACUGAGAUUUUACUUUCAUGAUGUGUUAGAGCAGCUGAAAACUAAUUUUCAAGCAAAUUUUCGCUUCAAAAGGGUUCUUGGUUUUGUGAUAGAGUACCCUUGAAUUUUUAAGCUUAUGCGUGACGUUGCAUUUACAUGACGGCCGGGAGAACUGUUACGUAGGUUAAAAAAGUGAUGUAUUUCGGGGAAUUUUACUACCUAAACAUUUCAUUGAUUAGAAAAAGUAUUAGGUUAAUGUUUAUGAGUUCCUCGAGGAAUAAAGAAAACUCGGUCACAGAUAUUUUUGUUGGUUUCCGUCCGCCCUGUUGGUGCCCAUACAGGUGGGCACCAGCAUGGCGUCUCCAUACAAAUCUCUAUAAAUGUGGGUAAAACAUUUCUUCGCAUAUCUUGUAUACAGAAUAUUCUUGUGACCUGAAUUUUGGCGAGGGUCUUUGCAUAUUUACCUCCUUUCAUUUCCAAGAUUCUGGACUUAAUCUAUUGAACGGUUUUGAUUUUUAUUUUGAUCUUUUUUGAAUGGCUUAACACUGAAAACCAGCAAUACUUAUCCAGUAGACAGCGCUAUCCAACUUUUGAAGGACAGAACCUGAAAUCAGCAAACUCAACACAUACUAGCACUUUCUAUUCAGUCAUCUGAUUUGUUUUCAGACAUUGUCAACACCACUACGUCCUCGAUUCAGUUCUUUGCAAGCUGAACACGACCAGAGGCCUAGAUCCGAAUCCUACUCUCGCCCUAGGGUUCACUCACAAAAUUCAUCGAGACGAAUCAGCAAGGUCAGGACAAAAUCGACAGUGACGUCCCCAGCAGGUAAGCAGUAUGGAUAGAAAGUGUUCUUCCCCCAAAAUUAUUUACAUUAAUUAGAUUAAUCGGAUGGCUUAAAUUUGUCGAUGCCAUUUCAAAUUUGCUAAAAUCUUCCUAUUCUGUUAUAAUACUACGCUAUUCCCGAGUUUGUGUCAAAACUCAAGUGAAAAGUAAAAGCGACUGUAUUUCGAUUAAUUCAAAACUAAUGUCUUUUCAAUUAUAACCAUGCAAGUGAUAAUCGAUUUAUCAUUGUAUUUCAGAGGACCUAACCGAAGAGGAAAAGAAACUUCCUUUACACAAGGUUUCUGUUAUUGACGAGGGCGAGCAAAGGCAGGUCAGCAUCAUGAGCAGUCAGGAUUGAGCUCUCUAUAGUUGUGCAUUAUGCAGUCAAAAGUGUAUAUGCAGUAUAUGCUUUCCAUUAGGUGGAUAUCCGUGUUUAGUUAAAACUCUUAUUCUUAAAAGGGUAUUUAAAGUGAUGUGUUACACAGACGGAAAAAACUGUAACAUUUGACACGAGAGCUAUGUAAGUCAUUAACUUCAUCCCAUGUAGUUUCCAGUUAGACUGCUACGGAGAGGGGUUUGGCGUCGCAUUAAUUCUCCCUCUCGUCCCUCCAUUUUAACGACUGUUACGUACACAAAUUUAUCGCCACUAUUCCAUCAUGCCACCCACUUACAACCGACCAUGAAACUGAGUUGUUCCAUUUUCAUAUUAUCAUUAUUAUUAUUAAAAUAUAUUAUUACUAUUUAUUAUUAUUUAUUUUUAUUUUUUAUUAUUAGACUGAAGUUCGCAUCACAGAGGCCGAUUUAUACCCUAUGUUUGUUCAAGUCGCUCUUCUUCAAAAAGGAGACUGUUUUGUAAGAAUAAUUGCUAGAUGUUUACAUCUUUAUUUUACUACACUGUGAGACCAAACUAGUCUUCUUUUGAUGAGCAAAUGAAGAUUGUUCCGUUGAGACAGCAAUAGGAAAGAAAUCGUUAUUCUUAGACCACGCAGUUUUUCAAUUAAAUGUCACCAACAAAGAGCAAUUUUCGUCCUAGUAAUUAUUCUAAUGCAAUCCCGUUAAGCACAAUACGAUAGUACAUACUUCAUAAUCAAGUGAAUGAACUAAGUACAAACUAAAGUAACUGAAAAAAGAAAAAAAAGUGCACCCAAUGUACCUUGCUAAUCAUGAUCUCAUGAUUCAUCACUUUUAUGUCCAAGUGUUUGCAUGGUGUGAAGUCAGGAGAGCUUUUGUAAAAGUUAAAUUCAGUGCAAAAUGUUUAGUGUGGUCUUUCAAACAUGGUAGAGUGCAGAAUAAUUCCGUAAAUGUUCAACAAAGAUUGUUCAGUUGAUGUUUCCAUUCAUUGUACACCUCUUUUGUAUUAUCUCCUAGGGAGUGUCAUCCAUGGUAUUCGACGAACAGCCCAGCUUGAGCCUGGUUAGUACUGCAUAUAUGCACAGUUCUUCUCAAUCCCCUUCAUAUCUCAUUCAUUGUGAUCACAAUGAUGUCGUUUUACUUCUUUUAAAUUUUCUUGUUAGGUCAGCAAUGGGGCAGAAUGUAUUAUGAUUUCCAAGAAAUUUUUUCUCAGCCACUGCUCUGACGCGGUAAAGAGGCGACUUCUAGUCACGGUACGGUAAAGAGUAUUUUCGUUUUUAUAACUGAGCCAUUUAGCGUUCGGUUUUAAAUGAGCAGUCAUGAUUUUUUCGUACUCAGACUCUAAAACCCUUAAAGCACAUCGGAAUGAAAGAAACCCUGAAAAUAAAGUUUGUCUACUGAUAUACCUCAACUACAAGAUAAUAAAUGUCUGUGAUGGCCAGGAUGGAAAUUUAAUGGGCCUCCUUUUCAAGUCAAACUCCUAUGAUGGCAAAAAAAUAGCUAAAAAAAGGUUAAAAACCGAUCAUUUUCAGCCAGCAUAAUGACCGAGCGCGAAAUAUGUGAAAGUCACGUGAUAACAUAGCCCCUUUAAGGAAUGGAGUAAACCUAAACCCGAAGCAGUCACUCUACUAAAUCAAUUGCAACGCCCACAAGAGGAUCUGAUCAGAGCUCGAUCGAAGCAAAUACACACGGGCAAAGUUUGAUGAAUUUAGAACUGACCCCAGGCGUUAAAAAGGUGAAUAGCGCCAUUCACCGGAUAAAUCUCUAUCCAGAGGGUAGCCUGUUCCAGAGUCCAAGAUGGUGGGCAGAACAGAUCGAAAAAAUGGGCAAAAAGCCGCAUGUGGACUGGGGAGAGAAGGUGAGGUGGAUCUUCCCGCCGUUUUUCGGUCGUUCACACUGACCGAGAGCCUGAAACAGGCUAUCCAGAGGAUAACGCAGUUAGUUUGUCUAAUACGUAGAUGGAUGGUGAUUUAUCCAGUGAAUAGGGCUAUCCAGCGUUUGAACUGACAACCGGGAGCUGGACGAUAAUCAAACUGAACAAAUCACAUCAUGAGUUGAAUAUAAUUUAAAAGCGCGAGAGAAAGUGACAGGCGCGGACUCCCCAGUCCUCCGGGCGUUUGAAGAACCAGCCCUUCGUUAAUUAGAGAGAAUCACAUAGGAGCCCCUACUUAUCUACUCGGCGCUUAUGAACAAAUUAAUUUAUAAAAUAAGAACUUCAAAAAUCACCUCAGAGCUCUCUCUCUCUCUCUCUCUUCAACUGCCAUUACGACCUUUCGAAAAAGGAUUUCUUCACGUAAAAUGGAAUUCGGAUAUUACAGACCACACGAAUGACUGAGGAGCUGGAUAUUAUCAUUAUGACGCUGCACUCUUCAAGGAAGUAAUUAGAUUAAUCUACACUUCCCAUGCAUCACAAUGUAGUUGUGGGAUGAAAGUUGAAAAAUGUUGUACCCGGUGGUGGAUUAAUACUCAGCUUCAGUGUGGCACUAGAUAUUUUCAUGGUUUUGUGCAUGAACAUGGAUUCUUUUGAUAUGGGCUGUUAAAUCCCACGUCUCUACUUGACUAGCCAGUACUUUGUUAGAUUUUGUUUGAAGUUAACUGCAUGUCCAUUUGUUGAAGCUUCUCGGACACCAGAACCCUAGACCCUCGAGUCAAUGAUGGAAACAUGUAAAGUAGUUCUGACGUAAUUUUAAAGUUUAGACGAAAUCCUAUAGUACAGUGUGACCAUUCGAAUGAAAUCUCUAGUACAUUACAUAGCGCUAUUUAUUACUCUGUAUAAACUGAUUCUAAAUCUUGAGUCAGAGGAUAUUUCCAUGGUGCAACAUUUCGAAUGAAACCUCCUUAGCAGUUCUUUUACAUGGUAUACUGUUUAUUGCGCUGUUCAAGUUAAGGGAGUCCUAACUUUUUUAUCUGUGUGUGAAAUCCUUUGAGGUGACCAUUCAAAUUAAACCUCUCUGGUGGUACUUCCACCGCGCCUAGUGCUAGUUAAGGCUCGUGCUGUAUAAAGUGGUUCAGUAACUUUGGGUCUCUAGGUAAAAGUACUUUCACAUCGUGGUAUUUUUUUGAAAGUUGCUAUUCUAAGUUUUGAGUCUGUGGAUGAAAUCCUAUAGUUUGACCCUUUAUUUGACGGACCUCUUCAAGCAGUAGUACUAUUACGUGAUACUAUAACAACUGCUCCAUUGACAGACUGCAUAUUAGUUUUUUAGUGAAUUGCCCUAGUUGUGUUAGACCACCCAUAGAUAUAACGGCACCCCAUGAUUUACUUGGUAACUUUGUGUUCUGUAUUACAGGAAACUCCUUAUCCAAAUGACGACUUACUCCAGAAAAGUCUACAAGACAAAGUUAACUGGGAUGCUUAUCGUCGUAAAACUAUAAAAACUCUUAUUCGUGAACUACCUACAAAUUCCAGAAGAAUGGAAGAUCAUAUGGUUCAUAGAAAAACCAAACGAGACAUGUCUCUCGGAGAAGACCUGAAGGAAGCCAUUAGAAAAAUGCAAAGAAAGAAUGAUGAUUCCUAUAGUUUAUGA